UUUUUAAUACCAGUCUAAUGUAUUAUGGCGGCCCCCAUAGACAUCAAUGCGACUCAACUUCGGGUUAGUUCUGUGCUUAAUAGAGAUGUGAAACAGUUUGGUAAGAAGUACUUAGUGGAUGGAAAUGAGGAUACUUGUUGGAAUUCAGAUCAGGGAUCUCCUCAAUGGAUUACCAUAGAUUUUGAGGAAAGCAUUGUUCCAGUUGAACUCUGUAUACAGUUUCAAGGUGGAUUCGCUGGAGCUGACUGCUGGGUAGAGGGUAAAAUGGAUGCAAGUUCCUCCUGGGAGAAAAUAGACUACUUUUAUCCUGAAGAUAAAAAUUCUUUACAAACAUUUAUGAUCAACAAUGCAGAUAAACCUAUCGUGUCCAUGAAAAUUGUGUUUAGUAAAAGUACAGACUUUUUUGGAAGGAUAACUAUAUAUCAGCUUAAAGUGAAUGGUGUACAGAGAUGAUUGUGGUAUAAUAUUGUUACAUGUAUAUACUUGACCACGUAAUAUGAAGGGGGCUCCUGGAAUCACUGUCGUAACCGUUGAUCAGUUGGUCCGCCUUUCUCCACCGUGUCCACUCUAUAAAUCAAAUACCCUUUGUAACAUUUUCUUCAAACUUGGCCUAAAUGUUCAUAUCAACAGGGCAAUAUGCAAAAUCUAUGCUGCUGAUGUACCUGCUAUAGGUCAAGGUCAUACUGGAAGUUCAAAUUCAGAAAAUUUUGUGCCCACCUUAUAAACCUAUACCACUAGAAAGAUUUUGAUCAAACUUUACUCAUUAUUUUUUACUCAACAAGGAGAUCUGCAGAACCUAUGCUAUGACUUCAUGUCCACUCUAUAAAAAUUUGACCCCUUUAUGGAUUUUUUUAAAACUUUGCUCAAAUGUUCACCUCAACAAGGCAGUGUACAUGUCCUAUACCACCCCUGUGAUGCCUCAAGGUCAAGUCAAAUGUCAGACAAUUUUGUGUUUAAUAUACUGUGUCAUAGAUAUAGUGGGGGUAUUUGUCACUCCUGUGGCAGCUCUAGUUACAGUUGUGUUCAGUUUUCAAUGUGUUGUAUUCAUUUGUUGGAUAAAAGUGGAUUCAUUUGUUGGAUAAAAGUGACAGUCAAAAUAGUUCAAACCUUACACAACUGAGUUUUGUACAUGUAUUAUGCUUUGAAUUUGGGACAGGGUUAAUUGAAGGUGUUUUAGUAACAAGCUAAAAUUUUGCAUGUUGAAAGUUUAGAAUGUGAUGAGACAAAACAUGAGUGCAGGCUGGCCUGACACUAUAAAAUAUGGUUUUUAAAAAAGUAAAGGGAUGUAACUCUUAUUGUAAUAGCAAAUUACCUUGUAUGGAUUAGUUUUCUUGAAUAGAUUAAUUUUGUUUUUAUGUUAUUUUCUCAGAAGAUAUUUUCUUUCUCCUGUUAAAAUCAAGUUAUAUAAAUUAGAAGAUAGUAUCAAAUUACAAUGUUAUUUGUUUGUUUGUUAUCAUUUUUGCCUACUUAAAGCUGGGACAUAAUAUCAAGUGAUGAUAAUUUUGCA